AGCAGGUAGUUUCCUGUCGUAAACAAACAGCGCACAGUUUAGCUCAAACCUUACGAUUCUGUUUUGGUUUUGUUAACAUUUUAUUUUUUUGUUAAGUGUGAUGAAAAUGACACUAAAUGGAGAAUAAACGCAUACGAUGAAACUCCGAUUGCAGAAUAAUGCGAGGAGUGAGUCCAGCAGAGCAUCAAAACUGAGGGGUUCUUCAGCUGUGAUGCAGUCUCAAAGUGCACAGGAGGCUUCGACAGGACCGAAUGAUGUAAAACUGUUUAUGCAACCAGAGAUCAAAACCAGGACCCCCACACUGUGCUCACCCGCUGCUAAUCCUGAGGGUGCAGAGGUGCGUGUGCCCAUCGCCAGUGGUCCUGGGGAGUCCAGCGGUGGAGCUUCGUCCAGGAGGUCCAGGGCCUCUCACACACACUCUCACUCACACUCACACGGGCGAACACAGCACCAGCCUCACUCCUCGUCUGACCAGGAGCCCCCCGACUCUGAUCCAGAAUCCGGAGAGCCCAGUACCUCCCUCUCCGAGCUCCGCUGUCUAUUCCGGUGGCUUCAGAAGAGUCUUCCUUUCCUCAUAAUACUGUGUGCUAAACUGGUCAUCCAGCAUGCUCUUGGGUUAGCUAUUGGCAUUGGACUUUUUACAACAUUUUUAUAUGUGAAUAAAGGUAUUCAGACUCAAGUGUUUCGCCAGGAUGGCCACUCGAAGUUUCACUGUGUUUGGUUUCUCGUCUUCCUGAGUUCCUCAACAAUCCUGCUUUAUUACACAUUUAGUACUGAAACACUUCACUACUGUCUGAUUUUCCUGAGCCCAACCAUUGAGCCAUUGGGGUUUUGGGAGGUGCUCUGGGCAGUUGGCAUCACAAACUUCAUCAUUAAAUUUCUGACUAUGGGAAUUAAGUGCCUUAUUCUGCUGCUUCCCUCCACCCUGGUUACCUACAGAUCUCAGGGGAGGUUGUUGAUGUUGACAGAGGAGCUGGGUCAGGUUUACCAAGCAGUUGCCCCUGUCCCUUUGUGGUUCCGUUACCUGGUCACGCACCAGGAAGCAGAUGGAGCUCCUGGGCUGACAUUUGGGGUUGCGCUAGCUUUGCUCUACCUCAUAAUGAAACUUUUAGGAUUUUAUGGACAGUGUUCAGCAUUAAUAAAAAUUCUGAGGAUUUGUCUACAGGGCGAACAAACUGGAGCUGCGGCCACCAGGAGUCAGUGUAGUGAGGCUGGAGAGGUGUGUCCCAUCUGCCAAGGAGAGUACAGGCAGCCUCGGUCUCUGCACUGUCAGCACAUAUUCUGUGACGAGUGCAUUGCUCUGUGGUUUAAUCGGGAGAAGAGCUGUCCCCUGUGUCGGACAGUGAUCACAGAAAAAGUCUACAAGUGGAGAGAUGGAGACACAUCUCCACAUCUGCAGAUUUACUGACAGACCUCAGUUGUGUAAGGCCUUUGGUAUCAGAUUGCCAUAAAUGUAUUUGACAAUGUCAAAUCCCACUGAAAAUGUAUCUUUGUCUUUUACACUGUUCAAGCUAAGGGCUGUUUUUGCAGCCUCAUGUUAGAGGGGAAAACUUUUCAUAAUAGGCAGAUUCCUGCUUAUUACACCAGUAUAUUGACCUUUGUAAACUUUGAUCAGUUUUAUGUCUUGAGUAUUUGAAAUCGUUUUGUUUUUCCUAUGUCUGUGUAGUUAAAGGUGGACUCUGUAACUUUUCUGAUGGUGCACUACCUGCUUCUCCGUGGAUGUUAAUUAAAUGUUAUUUAACUGUGGACCAUUCUAGGUAAAGCAAUAACAUCCCCAGCAGUUACACAGUGCACCUUUAAUUUCAACAUGAGGUGAAUGUUGCCCUUUGACUGUCUGAUAUGUUUAUAUAAGAUUAUAUCCUAAGAAUUUAAAAUGUAUUUAAAAUAAUUUUUUGAACAAAUAUGGCCAUUUCUGGCCAACUUUAUGCAGUGUUCCAUAGUUAUAUGGACUAAAAAAUGUGUUGGCGAUUCAAAACAUUGGUGGGCAAAUUUAAAAUUGGUCCACAUUUGGAGAUUAUUUUUCUACAGAGGUGCUCGGGUUCUUGUUUUUAAUAACCAAAGAAUGGGACAUAUUUUAUUAAACCAUGUCAUUUUUAUCCAUCUAAAUGAAUAAUAAAAAAAAAAAAAAUCAAACAUCUUACAAGCGUGUAUCAUUACAGUGGAAAGAGUCACCAUGUUAUGUACAUUUUACAUUUUUAACUCUUUAACCAUUCAAGUAAGAAGCAACCAGUUGCUGCUUAACAUCAUUUUACCAUGAUGGGAAUAU